GGGAGGGAGGAAGUCCUGCACUUCAGGACUUCUCAUAAAGCGAGUCAGACGUUACUUAUGAGAGGAGGCAGAGGACCUUUGCCACAAGUGAGGCGACCAGGAGAAGUGGAGUCUGGUUGUUUAUAUGCAAGUGGAAGAGAGAGAGACCCUCCUCUCUGUGGGUCAGCUGAGGAGAGAAGAUGAAGAGCCAAAUCACCAACGCCCUCUCUGACUUCUUCUUCGAGUAUGAGACCCCGCGCCAGGUGCUGGUGAGGAACAGGCGGGUGGGAGUGGUGUGCCGUCUGAUCCAGCUGGGGGUCCUGGCCUACAUCAUUGGGUGGGUGUUCAUCUAUGAGAAAGGCUACCAGUCCUCAGACACAGCGGUAAGCUCUGUCUUCAGCAAAAUGAAAGGAGUGGGCUAUACCAAUGUGAGUGGAAGUGAGAGAAUCUGGGAUGUUGCCGACUACGUCUUCCCUCCGCAGGGAGACUCAUCUUUUGUGGUGAUGACAAACUACAUCAUAACUGAAGGUCAGAAGAUGGGAAACUGUCCAGAGCUCCCAGGCAAGGACAACUGCAGCUCGGACGCAGACUGUGAAGGAGGGAGUUUCAAACGUACGGGACAUGGACAAAUGACGGGAAAGUGUGUGAAUACCACGAAGACCUGUGAAGUGUUGGCUUGGUGCCCCGUUGAGGAUGAUAACAACAUACCAGAUCCUCCUCUGUUGAUGUCUGCAGAAAACUACACUCUGUUCAUCAAAAAUUCCAUAACGUUCCCCCUUUUUGAAGUCAUAAGGAGUAACCUGGUGGAGGGUAUCGAUAAUAAUUACAUCAGCAAAUGCCUUUAUGAUCCAGAGGAUGCUCCACUGUGUCCCAUAUUCAAACUGGGAGACGUAGUUAAAUUGUCUGGCUUCAAUUUUGAGACAAUAGCCAAAGUGGGAGGGGCCAUCGGGAUUGUGAUCGACUGGACAUGCAACCUAGAUUACAAUGUAAAGCACUGUAAACCAACGUACAACUUCCACGGGCUGUACGGAAACCCUGAUGAGAAAGACAAAGCCAGAGCUUCAGUGGGCUACAAUUUCAGGUUUGCAAAGCAUUAUCUGGAGGACAAAGUUCAGAAAAGAACCCUUCUCAAAGUGUUUGGGAUCAGGAUCGAUAUCAUUGUGCAGUCACUGGCAAGAAAAUUUGAUAUCAUCCCAACACUGACAGCUAUAGGCUCUGGAGUGGGCAUUUUUGGAGUGGCAACUGUAGUCUGUGACUUGGUGCUGCUCUACUUGCUACCAAAAAGAGAAUUUUACAAGAACAUGAAAUUCAAAUACACAGAUACACAGACACAGCAGGACAGCGAGUCGCUUGGUUUAGACACAGGCGUCUAUUACACCAUUGAAGCAAAUGCAAGACAAGUCCAUGGCAUUGACAAGUCCAACGUGAGUGCAUGUAGAAGUCCAGACAGUAUAGCAGCUUUUUUUUUUUUUUUUAAAUGUAUUUUAUCAUGUGAUGAUGAGGAGAAUCCCUUUUUUCAUUACCUAAGAGGUCUUAAUUGCUGCUCUCCUGUGGAUUUGACUUUCAUCCUACAGGACCCUGAUUCAGAGGCAGGUAGCACAGAGACUGAGGUAUCUAAGAAGUGACCUGGGAGCAAACUUACAAGGUGCCACUUUGAAGAUGCGCUGCACUGGAAACCUGAAAGACACACACACACACACACACAAUGGACUCAGGAGGUCAAAUGACAUUGUUCCACGUGUUCACUAUUUCUUCUUGAUCUUCAGCAGCAUCUUGUAUCAACAACUCUUAAAACCACUUGGAGGGACUGACUCUUCCUAUUGUAUGUAGAGCCCUAGCGUAGCGCAGCUGUAUGUGUACUUCUGGGUGUAGCUUGAUUUGCUUUUGUUCACACUUUGGGUGUUACCUCCGCCUCCUGUCUUUGUAUCUGUACAGGUGAAACAACAAUUUCUGGCACUUUAGUGCUCCUGUGUGUACACAAAUCAACCAUAAGUCAUCUAUUACCUCUGUCACUGUCUUUGUCAAAGCAAGUUAUACAUAUAUAAUGUGUGGAAGUGCCACCGUCAGAGUGAUUCAUCCUGUGUGUACCUUGUGAUCGACAGUUGAAUUCAAUAAAAGAUG